AUGAUGGGCUUUGUUUUUGAAAAAACUUAUAAAGAAAGUCACCAAACUUCUGAAAAUCAAGGGAAUAAUAAAUUUAACUCUCUUUUUUACAAUAACAACUUUGCCCCUAUUGGUUUCCUUGAAGCCUCUAAUAUGUUGGAUUCUCAGAUAUAUAGCUUUCCUGAUCCUGAUCCUUCUACAAUUAGUCAUGAAUCUGCCAUAUCCCCUCUAAGGCCUCCCAAAGAUAAACCUAAUGAAAAUUCUUCUUCACAUCCUCCAUUGUCCCAUAAAAAGGACAAGUCUAUUGAUUAUCAGGUUACACCUCCCACUAAUGAAACAACCCCAAUAAGUGGGAAUAGUAGUAUAUCUACAACCCCUCCAAAUUCAAAUAUAUUGAAGAAUAGUUUUGAUAAAAGUCCCUUCGACUCUUUGGGUAAUAAGAAAAUAAUUUCUGCUUCUCCAUUAGAUUUGUUUGCUACCCCACAACCGCAACCACAACAACUGCAUAUGCUUGGGAUAGAUGAAGAACAACCCAUGCUAACAAAUAAUGUUGUUUCUUCUACAACCCUACAACAACAAAAAGUAGAUGAAUCUUCUUCUUCUUAUUCUUCUUCUACUACUUUUAAACUCAAUUUUUCCCCAUCUUUGUUAAAUUCUCCUUCCAUAAAAAAACAACUCUCUCCCCAAGUUGUUCAGCUACAAAAAAUCUCCCCAUCUUCUAGUACUACACAAAAAUCUAUCAUUGAUCCAACGGUAAAUUCAACGGUAGACACAAGUAUUAAAGACGACGAGGAUUACGGCGAGCUAAGCUCUUUAUUUUUGGAGGAAGAAGAAGAAGAAAAAGAAGAGUCGGCUAAAAAGACUUGUGAACAUACCACUGUUUCUCCUCCUGCUGCUCCUAUUGUUCCAAUUGUUCCCAUUGUUCCUCCAACUGUUAUCCCUGCUCCUAUUAAAACACCUGAACUCAUAAUUCCUGCCAUCCCUCAAAAUACCUCCGCUUCUAGUUCUGUUGCUUCUCCAUAUCCUGCCCCCAUUGAACCUAAAAAAGUUGAGGACGCACCUAAAAUGAGUUCUCCUAGCCAAAUUUUCUUUCCCUCUGCAUACUUAAAUACCUCUCGGGACGAGCCUAAUGCUACAUCUACACCGAUUAACAAACAUGAUCUUUCACCUAACACAAACAUUGUAUCUGAAUCCGGUUCUAAGCAAAUUUCUUUGGUCAUUUCCCCUUCACAACCAGAGUUUCCACUCUCAGACAUAAAGGAAUCUAAGCCCUGCUGUGGUCGGCUUGAGAAAACAGUUGUUGUUAAACCCAAGGUUAACAAUUCCAAGGUGACUAAAACCACGGUGCAUAUUAAAAAACGCAAGGAGCAUGUUCCAUCUCCACUUUCUAUUGUUCAAACAUGUUCGGAAAUGUCAACACCAAACACUUCUCCUGUUGUGCCAACACCCACACAAGCUACCUUAAUACAACAAGCUGUUUUUGCCCAGCAAUUUAUGACACAACAACAAGCAACUCAAUUAAACCAGCAACAACAACAAAAAGAUGUACAGACUCAAGCAAUACACACACAACCUGUCCCAAAGCAGUCAUCUAAUAAAGCACCAAAUGGAACACCACCUCCACCUGGACGGAAAAAGUCGCCACGGGAACUGCAGCAACAGCAAGCUCAAGCUCGUAUUUAUGAACAGCAACAGGCACAGCUUUUGCUUCAAAAGCAAACUCAAGUCCAGGCCCAACUUGAAAGACAACGACAAGAAAAGGAAAGACAAACUCGUCUUCUUCAGCGCAAUGCAUUUGCCAUUGCUAGUGCAAGUGCCCAAGCCCAAGCUCAAGCUCAAGCACAGGCCCAAGCCCAAGCCCAGGCCCAAGCUCAAGCCCAGGCCCAAGUCUUAGCACAAGCUCAGGCUCAAUCUCAGGCAUUAGCACAAUCUUAUUUCUUAGCUCAACAUUCUUCUCAAACGUCUGUUCCUCAACCGCAAAUGUUGAUGCAAAUAGAAAUGUCUUAUCAGCAACAGCUUUUGCUGCAACAACAACAACAGUCUAUAACUAGACAAUCACCACAGAAUCGUGAACCAAGGCAUCAAUUAGCAGAGCAGAAAAAACAAGAAAUGGAUCAGCAAACUGCUCAGGCUUUUAUAAUUCAACAACAGAGAGUCCAAGCUUUGAUGAUUCAGCAGCAGAGAAUCCAUGCACAACAUCUUUUGCAACAGCACAAAGAUCAAGAGCAGAUGUUGCAAUCUCAGCAACAACCGCUUGUUCCGCAGCCCUUCCAGCAAGUACUUCAGCAACCCAUUCACCAGUUUGUUCAGCCAACUCCUCAACAAAUCUCUCAACAGCUUGCUCAGGAAACACAACCAAUUUCCCCACAGCCUUCUCCACAUUCUUCUCCUCAACAACAAGUUCAAUCACAGCCUUCUUCGCAACAACAAGUUCAAUCACAGUCUUCUCCGCAACAACAAGUUCAAUCACAGCCACCUGCAAAAAAAAAAUUGGGUUUGCCUGUAAUUCCUCUUUCAGAACUUCCACUUUCUUCGGAAUUGAAGUCAUUUCUUAAUAAAAGAAUCCGCCAGAUUCUUAAAGAGCAGUUGGAUACUCCUGUCCCAUUCACUGAUAUUACGUCGUUUCUGUAUCCUGAAGGAGGGAGAAAAGCUAACAUAAUGUGUUCCCAGUUAAAUACCGCUUUGAGAGUUUUUGAAAAUUUAAUAAAAACUAUGCUUACGGAAGCUCAAGUUUCAAUUCAAAUUAAUAAUACUAAUGGCGAUAAGUCAGAGCUUUACGUCAAGCGACACCAGUUACAAAACAAAAUCAAAGUAUAUGAGGCUCAACAGAAGCUUUUACUUCAAAAGGCAGAAGCUCAAUGCCAGGCUACAGAAGCGGAAUGUAUUGAAUUGUUACAGCUAAUACGUAAUAAAGCGCAUGAGAAGGCACAGCAAGAAAAUCAAACGUUGCAUGCUCAAAACCAACCGUCACAGCAACAGCAACAGCAACAGCAACAACCUCAAAAGGAAAAGGGACAGCAGAUCCAACAGCAGCAACAACAACAGGAAAAGUCACAAGUGCAGAAGCAGUCAAAAAGCCAAAAUCAAUCACAAGCAAAGCUCCAUUUACAACAGCAAAAGCAAAAGCAGAAACAAAAGCAAAAACAACAACAACAGCAGCAGCAGCAGCGGGCACGACGCUCAGGACGUCAACUACCACAAAUAGAGCCUCAGUUCCAGUUUUACGAACAACAUCAGAAAAUAUUGCAUGAGCGUCUUCGUAUUGAAAAAGAAAAACAAGAUCAACUAAGACUGUUGCAGCAGCAGCAGCAGCAGCAGCAGCAAGAGCAGGAGCAAUCUCAGGUUCAAAAUGACACACAAGUUCAAAAUCAAGAACUUCCAAACCAGCAAGAAACCACAAGUCGAAAUUCCAGUUCUGAUGGUUCCAAUUCACAAACUAUUGUCCCCGAAGAAAGUUCUCCAGCUCAAGUUUCUCAGAGCUCUAACGCACAAACUGUUUUGCCAGACGAUAGUCCUCCAAUUUCAAGAUCUCGUGAAUCAUGGAACUCUUUGAAUGAACAACCUGUUUUUAUACACUUUGGGACUCAGCCAUUAGGCGAGAACCAGUCAUCUGGUGUUUUCAAUAAUCAGUUUUCUUUAAAUUCACAGGCUUCACAUAUUGAAAAUGCUGGAUCUACCACUCCUCAAGUAUUUCAAAUGCAUCAAAUGAACUUUAAUCGAAAUGAAAUUUUGAGUGAUUCUUUGAUUGACUUUUCUGCAGUUUCUGAUGACGAAAAUGGAGAAAAUCAUAAUAAUGAAAUUGGAGCUGAAAGUGAUCCAUUGACUCUUGAAAUUGAAGGACUUUUAGAUAUAAUCCAAUAA